AUGGUGGUCGGGUGUCACGAAUUUCGACCUCGCGACAGCUCAGCAGCGGUUGUUCGGGGCUCGUCGGAGGUUGGAUCGUGGCUCGGCGUCCGGAAAAAGCUCUGCCGCUGCCGCUUGAUGAGGGUUGCCGACGAGAAUUCCUCAAAUCUUAUACACACGGACAAUGAUGGUGGAGAAGACGAUUUAAGGGCUGGACGGUACAAUUCGCCGACCUCGCGUCACCGGUUGUCUGCCGCAAAGGACUCGACGGCUGCAGGGGAAAACGCCGUUGAUGGCUUGCUCGCGAUGGGCUACUCUUGCGGUGGGUAUCUCGCCGGAGAUGAAGGUCGAUCGGAUUUCUCGAGGAUGGAGAUCCUGCUAGAUUAA